AAGGAAUUGGUAAUCUUAAUAGAAAAUUAAGAUGAGAAAGGGAUUGAGUACCAAAUUAUGAAAAAGUAUCAUCUGGUUAGUUAAACAUUGAGUUGUAUAGUACUAGUAGAAUUUAACCAUUUAUAGAAUUGAGUCAAUUCUGUUCCUCCUUCACUUCAGGCAGUGAAGUUUUUCUACCUUUGAUUCAUGAAUCUGUCUGUCGGCGGAUAAAACACAACACAAAGGUCAUCAAGUCGUAGAAUCAUGCCCUCCAUCUGUCAACACUCAUCUCAUACUAUAUAUCACUGCUAAUACACUGUCACUUUCCACUUAAUCACUCCAUUUUCAAUCUCUCUCUCUCUCUCUCUCUCUCUCUCUCUCUCUCUCGUGUGAUCUAUUUACUACAGUAUACCAGUGCUGGGAUCUAUAUUCUCUGUUUUCAAGGUUUGACCAUUUGGUAGCAAACUGCCGAAUUGAUGGGUUCUAAAAAUGCCGCACCGGGCAGCAGAGCACGGAGGCCUUUGUCAAUUUUUGCUGUGCUUGCUCUGUGCUGUUUGUUUUAUCUUUUGGGAGCAUGGCAAAGAAGUGGUUAUGGAAAGGGAGAUAGCCUUGCACUAAAGGUAAAUAAGAUACAGGCAGACUGCAACAUUGUACCGAGUUUGAGUUUUGAACCCCAUCACAAAUAUGUAGAAAAUGUUGAACCAUCCGAACCAAAAGCUAAAAUGUUCAAGGCGUGUGAUGUAAAAUAUGCUGAUUAUACACCUUGCCAUGAGCAAGACCGAGCAAUGAAAUUCCCGAGAGAAAACAUGAUCUAUAGGGAAAGACAUUGUCCACCUGAAAAUGAAAAAUUGCAUUGCCUCAUUCCUGCACCCGAGGGAUACACAUCUCCUUUUCCUUGGCCUAAAAGCCGUGAUUAUGCCUAUUAUGCUAAUGUUCCUUACAAGCAUUUGACAGUGGAGAAGGCUGUUCAACACUGGGUCGAAUUCCAGGGAAAUGUGUUCAAAUUUCCAGGUGGAGGAACCAUGUUCCCUCAAGGAGCAGAUGCAUAUAUUGAUGAACUUGCAUCGGUUAUUCCAAUAGCAGAUGGUACGGUCAGAACAGCGUUGGACACUGGUUGCGGAGUUGCAAGCUGGGGAGCAUACUUGCUAAAGAGAAAUGUGAUAGCUAUGUCUUUUGCGCCAAAGGAUAACCAUGAAGCACAAGUUCAGUUUGCACUGGAACGAGGGGUACCUGCUAUAAUUGGGGUUCUUGGUUCAAUCCGUCUUCCAUUCCCAUCAAGAUCCUUUGAUAUGGCUCAGUGUUCUCGAUGUCUAAUACAAUGGGCUUCAAAUGAGGGCAUGUAUCUAAUGGAAGUUGACCGAGUUUUAAGGCCUGGUGGAUAUUGGAUUUUGUCUGGCCCUCCAAUUAAUUGGAAAACAUACUACCAAACAUGGAAGCGGACCAAGGAGGAUGUGAAGGCAGAGCAGAAAAGAAUUGAGGAUUUAGCUGAAAGUCUUUGCUGGGAAAAGAAGUAUGAAAAGGGCGAUAUUGCCAUCUGGAGGAAGAAAAUAAAUGCUAAAUCCUGUCAAAGAAAGUCUCCCGAUUUAUGUGAUUCAGAUAAUGCUGAUGAUGUAUGGUACAAAAAAAUGGAGGCAUGCAAAACCCCGAUCCCUGAGGUAACAAGCCAAAAUGAAGUUGCUGGAGGUGAACUGAAGAAGUUUCCUGCUAGGCUUUUUGCAAUUCCUCCUCGAAUAGCCAAGGGUUUUAUUCCAGGUGUAACAGUUGAAUCCUAUCAAGAGGACAACAAAUUAUGGAAACAACGUGUUAAUAAUUACAAAAGAAUUAAUAGAUUGAUUGGUACCACUAGAUAUCGGAAUGUGAUGGACAUGAAUGCGGGCCUUGGAGGAUUUGCAGCAGCACUUGAAUCACAAAAAUCUUGGGUGAUGAAUGUUGUGCCAACAAUUGCUGAUAACACUUUAGGUGUUGUCUAUGAACGAGGUCUCAUUGGUAUUUAUCAUGACUGGUGUGAAGGCUUUUCUACAUACCCAAGGACAUAUGAUCUUAUUCAUGCUAGUGGUUUAUUUAGUUUGUACGAGGACAAGUGCAACCUAGAAGACAUCCUUUUAGAAAUGGAUCGCAUACUAAGGCCCGAAGGAUCGGUCAUAAUACGCGAUGAAGUUGAUGUCCUUAACAAGGUUAAGAAAAUUGUUGGAGGAAUGAGAUGGGAAGCUAAAAUGAUGGAUCACGAGGACGGCCCGUUUGUACCCAAGAAGAUAUUGGUUAUUAUGAAAGAGUAUUGGGUUGGCAGAAGUAAAAACGACACAUCCAGCUAGAGGACUAAAACAAACAGGACUCGUCGUCUUCUGAGCUUAUUAUAGUGUAACAUUCAAGCUUUAUAAACCCAAAGGAAAGAAGAAUGGGAAAAGUUGAUGAAUAAAAUGAAAAAAAAGAGAAGAUUAAUAGAGCCAGUUACAAGCAAAGAUUGGUUAUGUAAGGUUAUUCUACUUCUGCCUUUUAUCAAGUGUAGAAAUGUAGAUAAAAUUAGUUUUUAACUAGUCUUAUUUGAUUGAUUUUGGAGGAUAUAGAUCAACAAGUUUUAGAUCCUCACCCAAAUAAAUUAUUAAGCUAAAGAUAUUGUGUUGGUGUUGAGAUGGGAGUGAGUGAUCUCUCAAUGAAUGAUGUAAGAAUAUUAAAAUGUUUCAAUUAUAUUCCUUUCGUUGUUUAUAAA